GAUACUCUCUGGAUGGACGCCACUGCCCCUCCAGGAAAGCCCCCAUCUCCCGGUUCUCUGAAGUUACUGGGAGGGGGUGCUUUUAGCCUAACAAUUGCCUAGAGUGCUUUGGGGAGGGGAUGACUGGAGUCAGCUGUAAGCGGGAACUGAGCUCUCAGGGUGAUUAGCCUCUUGGGGUGCUAUCCUCUGCAACAAUCGUAUUGCUCCGAGGUUACCAUGGCUUUCUUUGAUGCCCCCACUUCAGUUCUCUCUGGCUUCAGCAAGGAUUUUGUGGUUCUUGAAUUCCAUAAGCAGCAGCCAACAAGAGCUCCGUCCCUGGCCACCUAACUCCUUCCCUUCAGGUGGCACUUUUCAGUGAGGAACGAUGGGGAGACCUGCCGUCCAUGAAUACUGUAGGGGAGGAAGGCACAUCUAGCACCUGGGGAGAUGUUCUCAUCCAGGGUAGACCUCCCUCUGCAGUGCCCGUUACAUUCAAAUCUUCGCACAGGUAUGGUGGUGAUGGGAGCCAACCCGGUCCUUUAGCUGGUUGACUCAUUUCAAAGAACACUGUCCAUGGUAAGACUUUAAGAUGACCUGUUCCCUAUUGUCUGACUUAAUUCGUAGCAUCCUGGGCAGAUCCUCUUAUCCGGAGACAAAAUUAUCUUUCGCAGAGGAUGUUGGUUUGAACAGUGGGGUCUCAUACCUUCCUUCUACGGCCCCUUUCCUAGGAAGCUCGCCCUUGUGUUCAAUCUGCUUCUCAGCAGUAUGCCAGCAUCUAGUUGUGCUACUUGGUAGCUAUGCGGUCUUGGGAGCACCGCUUAAUUUGUCUGUGUUUUGGCUUUCUCUCUGUAAAGUGGAAGCAAUACUGGUUGUUCUGAAAGACUAAGUGAGAUAUGUCAAGUACUUUAAACACUACCUGGCUUCUAAUGGAAUCUGAGUUAGCUAGUGUGUGUGUGUGUGUGUGUGUGUGUGUGUGUGUGUGUGUGUGUGUUUCAAGUUAGUUGGUUCCAGAAAACCAACUUAAGAAUCGACAAGCCUCCUUAAUGAUAGAGCACUCGUCUUGCAUGAGUGAAGUUCUGGGUUCAAUCUUCAAUAUUAAAAGCAGAUAGACAGAGAUACAGAUAGAGAUAAAGAGAGAGACAAAGAGACAGAGAGACACAGGUGCACACACGCACACACACACACACACACACACACAGACACACACACACACACACAGACACAGAGAGACAGAGAGACAGAGAGACAGACACAGAGAAUUCCCUGCAGCCGGGGCCUGUUUAGAUAGGAAAGAUGAAUAUUUUUCAGUAGUCCUGCUGACUCCUACCAAAAGUUAUCACCUAGGGAGUCAAUUAGUACCAACUGCUAUGUUGUCUUGGUUGCUAUGUCCACUGAGUUUAUCCUGGAAAAUCCAGCUCGCUUGGUGGGCUGCAGAGGAAGGAAAGUUUCCAGUACCUCAGCUCGUUGUGACAGUGACCAUGGCAAUCUUGCAGAAAGAAAAUAAUAAUAAAAUUAAAAGGACUGACCCUCUCUGGCUUUUUCCAGCUCUAACACGAGAAGGGAGGCUUUCUUUGCCCUUUUACCUCGCCAAGGUCUAGGGUCCCAACCGCUCCUCCCCAACAUCCCCUUUCUAAAUCCAACAAUUUUAACCCAAGCCAACCUCCACUGGUGAAUUUUUCUGAAGACUAUGCUGACAGGAUCUAUGGUUAGUUUGUGGUAAACUAACAUGAGGAGACACGCGUGGCUCCCGGGUAGGACAUGCGGUAGAGGGCUUUCGAAGUGACAUUUAAUGAAGUGGGAUGCUUUUCCACGGUAAGAACAGUUUGGAGUGCGCUUGGGGCAGUCAGAUCUUGGCUACUCUAGACAGCAGCCGAAUUUGACGAGAAGCUCUGCAGACUGAUAUGAGUAGGAUCCAUCAGUGGGGACUCUGUGUAGAAGACUGCUCAGCCUCCUAAGCUGUCAUGAAACUGGGCUAGUUAGCAAUUUAACCAUCCGGGCUGUCUUCUAACACCGAGUGGAGCCUUGCUUCAGGGAUGAAUAUUUAUAAUAUCCAGAGACAGCCACCUGGGUGUACACAGAGACCAGCUGUUUCUAAACCAGAGCCCCAAGGGUGGAAUCUCCUUUUCCCUACAGGCUAAGAACCAGUCUGUUUUCUUCCUCUUGAAAGAAACUAUGAUAAAAGCGGAAGUGUUGCCUGGAGCUGUGGAGCCCUAGGGCCUUAUUUCUUUCAGCCCUACUCUCUUUCAAGUUGAUGUGCUCCGGCCAGGAGAGCCAGCUUAACACCAAAACACCUCCAGCAACCAGCCAGGCCUCUGACCCUGAGGAAAAAGGGAAACCUGGCAGCAUUAAGAAGGCCGAGGAGGAGGAAGAAAUUGACAUCGACUUGACGGCACCAGAGACAGAGAAGGCCGCCCUUGCAAUCCAGGGCAAGUUCCGGCGCUUCCAGAAGAGGAAAAAGGAUUCCAGUUCCUGAAUAACCAGACUUCCCCUUCACCCUUCUACUUCCUCUGUCCCCUCCACAGCUCUGACUCUCACGUGUCUCAUCCCCUCAUCCCUCUAGCCUGUCCCUGAGGCAAGCUUACCCUUUAUAUAUUCUUGUCUCAGGCUCUCUUAAGCCAUCACAGUAGUAGAGGCACAAGGACAUGAGAAGGCCAAGACUCUAGUUGUUAGUCACUAGGCUAAGAGUGGAUCAGUCCAUUUAGGAGAACUAAAGGUUCUGAGGUUUGACUCUCCCCUUCACCUAGUGCUAAGGGGAAGAGGGGAAAGCCCUCAGAGUGCAGAGCCUCAAGGUGGGGCACAUGUAGGCUUCUGCCAGUUGCACCAUUAACACAUCAGAUGACACUUUCAGGUCCUUCUGCACAGCCCCUCCCAUCUCCGUGAUUCAGCCUCAGUGCAGCUGCCCUUUCUCCCGGGGAAGACCUGAAUCAAGAAGCUUGCAGAAUGUGGGGGUGCAUGCCUUUAGUCCCAGCACUUGGAAGGCAGAGGCAGCUGGAUCCUUGUGUGUUCAAGCCAGCCUGGGUGACAUAGUGAAUUCUAGGUUAGCCAAGGUUACAAAACAAAAUAAAAACAAAAACAAAAUAAAAAAACCCUGCCCAUGCAAAAAUAAAUAAAUAAAUAAAUAAAUAAAUAAAUAAAUAAAUAAAUAAAUAAAUAAAUAAAUAAGGCAGCUCAAUACAUUAGUGCAUGCUGAGUAGAUUCCUGCCAAGGAAAGAAAACUGGGGCUGGUAGAGACCAGGAAAAGCUUCCUUCAGGCUGAGGUCAGAGAAGCCAGAGAUGGCAGAAGGUUCAGGCCAGGAGAUGAAACUGAGAGAUGUUUAGGAAGGAAAAAAAAAAAAAGCAGAGAAGGCCAAGAUGUCUGAAGCUAUAUGCUAUCGUUGUUAACUAAAUAGUACAUGAGGGGCUCUCUGGCCUUUGCUAAUCUGCCUACCUCUUUACCCGUCCCCAUCUCUAGUCAUCCCUAGAGCCAUGUGAACCCAGUGACACCCCUGUAGUUCUCAGCCACCCUACUGUGGAGUCAGGGCAAACAUCGCCACUGUAUGUGACUUUAGCAUGUUUAAUAAUUAUGACAAUAAAAAAAGCCCUCAAAUGGGGGCAUUGAACCUCUA